UCUGCAACAAUAACGGGGCUGAACACGACCAGUGACAUCACCCAAACCGCUCAGUCACCGGAGACCCAAAAGCAGACUAAACUUUUGGUUGAUUUUUACCUUUUUAUUUUUUAUUUUUUAAAUCUUCAUCAAACUCAAAUAGGCCACGUUUCAUGGUCUCCAAGGAUCAAAGGGAUGAGGGUUGGGGAUGGACCGGUUGCCGUGGAAACGGACUUCUAUCCCAUCAUUGAGCUGAUGAGCAGAAAACAACCUGUGAACUCGGAAAAACUUCCUUCAGCGGAGCAUCUGAUCAGCUUUUAAUGUUUCUGGAGGGGGUUUGUGUAUCUUGGUGGAGUUACAACUGAAUCAGAAACAUGUCCGGGACCAAACCACCCCGCCAGGAGUUUUCAGACUCCGAUCCAGAGGACACAUCAGAGGAGCUGACAAACGUGGUGUGUCUGGAGUCAGACCUGAAGGAUGGACAGAUGAUGGAGGUUGAAGUGGGACGCCACACCGUGCUGUUGGCACGCAGCGAGGGCAAAUACAGUGCCAUGGGUAACCAGUGUACGCACUAUGGCGCCCCGCUCAGCAAAGGGGUUAUUUCAGGCAACACAGUGCGCUGUCCGUGGCACGGUGCCUGUUUCAACGUCCAUACAGGAGAUCUGGAAGAAUACCCCGGCAUGGACGGUUUACCCUGCCACAAGGUCAAAAUUCAAAACAGCAAAGUGUAUGUGUCUAUAAACAAAAAGACUCUCAGGCAGCAAAAAAGAAUAAAGAGUAUGGGAGCUGCAGUACCAGGAGUCGAUCACACUAUUCUGCUGCUGGGAGGAGGAGCUGCGUCUUUAAUCUGCGCUGAGGUUCUACGUCAGGAAUACUUCGGCGGUAGAAUCAUCAUGGUUACCAGUGACGAGCUGUUACCUUACGACAAAACCCGACUCAGCAAGGUAAUGAAUGUGGAGAGUGACACUAUUCUGCUGAGGAGGAUGGAGUUUUACCAGAAGUACGACAUUGAGGUGUGGCUCAGGAAAGAAGCGCUGUCAGUGGACACAGACAAGAAGACAGUCACAUUUGAUGAUAGUUCAGUCCAGAGCUAUGACCAGCUCCUCAUCUCAACGGGCUGCAGAGCAAAGGGUCUGAACGUGCCUGGCAUGAAGUUGGACAAUGUCAAGAUGUUGGAGACGCCAGAGGACGCCCGGCAAAUCCACGCAGCCUGUCUGGGCUGCAACGUCGUCCUUGUGGGAACCUCUUUUGUUGGCAUGGAAAUUGCAUCUUAUUUAAUAGACAAAGCCUCCAGCAUCACAGUGAUCGGCAGCAGUGAGCUGCCGUACCAGAACACACUGGGUCGUGAAAUCGGCAGAGCUACCAUGAUGAUGCUUUCAGAGAAAAAUGUGAAAUUCCACAUGAAUGAUAUUGUGACAGAGAUCAAAGGUGUGGAUGGAAAGGUGAAGGAGGUUGUCCUUAAAAGUGGAAAAGUUAUUCCAGCGGAUGUUUUGAUUGUUGGUAUUGGAGUCAAACCAAACUCAGAGUUCCUGCGGGGAAGUAAAAUACAGAUGGACUCAAGAAACUUUGUAACAGUCGAUAAGUACAUGCGCACCAAUGUCCCCGGUGUGUUCUGUGGGGGCGACCUGGCCACCUUCCCCCUGGCAAUGGCCAAAAACCAGCUAGUCAACAUCGGACACUGGCAGAUGGCACAAGCACACGGGAGGAUAGCAGCUCUGAACAUGCUGGAUAAACAGAGUGAACUCAGCUCUGUUCCUUUCUACUGGACCGUCCUACUGGGUACAACCAUCCGAUAUGCAGGUUAUGGAGAGGGAUACACUGAGAUUGUAUUGAAAGGAAAGUUGGAGGACAAGAAGUUCUUGGCAUUUUACAUCAAGGAUAAUGAGGUCAUAGCGGCAGCAGGCCUAAACUACGACCCAGGAGUGUCUGCAGUCGCUGAGAGGCUCCUAACAGGAAAAGUUAUCACGAAGGAAGAGGCUGAAUCAGAUGACCUGAGCUGGCUGCAGUUGUCCUGAUCUACACUUUCCUCCACUCAUCCGCUCAACACAUCAUCUGUACAGUGUCGUCAUGCA